AUGCUCAGGGAGGAACUUGAGGCGGGAAUAGGCCCACUAGCCUUCCAGUUUGUGAGGGAUUUUGAAGAAACCCCGAAUAACCCGAAGCUCGUGGAAAAAGUGGAAAAAAUGCUUAGAAGGAUCGUUGAGAAAGAGCCACAGCGUUUUUUGACUCCGGAGUUUAUCAUCGAAAAUGAACACUUUUUGGAGGAAUUGCCUAAAGUCGUAGAUCAGCUCGAUAAAAGAAUAGCUGAGGCUUUCGGGGGAAGAUCAGGCGAGAGAGCGGGUGGAAGACGCGGGCGCAUUAGUAGAAUUCAAAGAGCGAUAUUUGGGGGUCUAUCCGUGUUUAUGCUUGCGUCUCUGGGGCUAAUAUGCACUUCGGAAACUCUAUGA